AUGGCUGGUCGUGUGAAUGAGGCCAUUGGCUCUCUCAAUGCUUUGAGCAAUGUUUCCGUGCGCUCCAUCAAGCGAGGCUCUUUUGAUCAUGGGCUUCGACCUGGUGACAAGCCGACCCGUCCUCAGGAGGCCAUUCUCUCGAGGCUCGCGACCAAUGUUCACGAGUCGGGCACUUGUCCUGCUGGGUUGACUCCGAAGUUGUGCUUUGAGGAGGUGAUCAAGUCCAAGGACAUGUAUUCACUUUCCCAAUGUGCGGUUGCCCCCUAUGACCUUGCCUUGUUGAAGGUCGCAAAGACUGAGACAGUCCCCAAGGAGGCCACUCAGCUUCUACCUCCAACGGAAGCCUCUUAUCUCCUCCAUCCAGAACGACACAUCCUUCGAUCGCCUCAGGACAUCCAGACUUGGGCUGAUGCCAACGCUGACUUUCAUCCUUACUGGGAUGAGACCUUGAGGAAGGAUAGACAGCUCAGGCUUGAGCUUUAUCAGAUCCUUGCCAAGAAGUCUCUCUUGAGUUUUCGAAAGAAGAUUUCAGCUCGGGUUGGACUCUUUUUUGUUUGGAAAGCCUCACGCAAGGGCAUCCGCUUGAUAGUUGAUGCUAGGAUGGCCAACGCAUGCCAUGUUCGUCCUCCCAAGACUAGGCUGGGAGGAGCUUCAGCAUUAGCAGAGCUUGACGCUUUCCUGCAGGACAGUGACUUGGCUGCUCUCGGAGAAGGAUAUGGAGGACCUGUCUCUCUUCCUUGCAAUCUGUUUGGAUGCACAGGAGAUGUCAGUGAUGCUUUUUACCAGUUCUCAGUUGAAACUUUGGCUGAAUGGUUUGGGCUAGAUGAUCCUGUUUUUGCAUUUGAAUUUGGAGUUACCGAAGUCUGGGAUCCAGACAAGGGUUGCAACGUGAAAGUGCAGCCUGGCGAAAGACUGUUCCCUGUUUUUGUAGGGAUGCCGCAGGGCUGGGCAUGGGCGCUUCAUUUUUGCAAUUGCGCUGUAGAAUACAACAUGUCCAAGGCUUUGGGAGCUUCACAGUUUGUUAAGGAAGGUCUUCCUCCCCCUGAUCUGAGACAGGGUCCCGUUGGGUCGGUUUAUGUCGACAACAUCGGCACCUUUGGUUUCCUUGGUUCAGCAGUCACUAAGUCUUUUGACGAUUGCGUUCAAACACUGGAAUCUGCCGGGUUUGUCCUACAUGAGCUCGACAAAGACUCAGUUGAAGUCGCGAAUGUUGGCAUUGUGGUCCAUAGGUACAAGAAGGAGAUCCGACACACAAGAAAACGUAGCUGGAGGCUCUACCUCGCUUUGAAGCACGUUUUGCGUUUGAAGAAGAUCACCUGCGAAGCGCUGCGCAUUGUUAUCGGUCAUUUGGUGCAUUAUUUCACCUUGUUUAGGCCCGCUCUGUCAGUCUUGCACCACAGCUAUAAGUUUGUCUAUGAACAUUUGGAUGGACGGUCUCACUCCCUCCCCGGGAGAGUGAAGCGUGAGCUGCGCAUGGCUGUUGGGCUUAUUUUUCAGAUCAAGGUUGACCUGUCUGCUCCAUACGCUGAUCACAUAUAUUGCGGGGACUCCAGCACCUAUGGCUAUUGUUUCCAAAGCACCCCCUCGACGGCUGAGGAGCAGCGACAUCUCUUCAGAUACCAUGAGCGUUGGAGGUUUGUGCAGUUGGAGGAGGGAGUGGGGCAGGGGUUGGGGUCGCACCAUGCCUGGUCGGCUGAUUUUGCGUUGCCAGACAUCGCAUACGCCCGCUGGCUCUGCGCUCGCAACGCCAUCCCCUUUCCUGGAGGUGAAGAGCUUGAGAAAGGAUCCAAAGACUUUUCAGGUGGAGACCAUUUGAGGCGUUUUCACCAUGUCGAUUUGGUUGGACUUGUGCCUAGGCUUCCCGACUCUCUGGUAGACCACACGCGCUGGAGGACCAUCAUUCAGCGGAAGUGGAAACACAAUGAAUCCAUUCAUAUGAAAGAGGGUCGGGUCGCUUUAAUGACGCUCCGACGUGAAGCUAAGAAGGCCUCAUCUCAUGGCAAAAGACUACUGACUUUGUGCGAUAACCUUUCGGCCACUUGCGCCUUUGACAAGGGGCGUGCCAAAGAUCUCGCCCUGCUGGUGCUGUGCAGAAAGGCGGCAGCCAUUCAGAUUGGGACUGCCAUUAGGCCGGUGGUGGACGAGGUCAUGGAGAAGAGACCAAAAUACACCGACGUCAUGACCAGCUUGUGUGUGCGGAGCAUGGCGGGUGACACGAUCCUGGAGAUGCAGAUAGGGCUCCGGAUGCGGGACGGGGAGUAUGACUUGCUGUUCGAGCAGCUCAGCCGCAACGGGGUGGGACGUCUGGCGGAUGGAGCUGAUCUUGCCAUAGGACUUGUAGCCGAGUUGACCCCAUAG